AGAGAGAGUGAGAGAUAGGGCCUUAUCCAUUGUGGACGAGGGUGAGCCCGCCGGAUUCCUGAGGCUCCGACUCCAAGUGUUCUAUCGGGGAAUUCUGGGACCAAAAUGGCAAUGCUCUCGAUAGCAUCUCCAGCAACUCCAGCAAGUAGAGGCAAAGGUGCUGCCAUGCCUCUUCUUCGGUCGCUUCACCCUCAAAGUCCUUCCACUUUUCUUUCUUUGUCCUCUGAACUGCCGCAUAAAGCCAUCCAUCAUCAACCCUUAACCACCAUGGUUUCUUGUCGUGCUCUUGAGAGAAGGAUGGAUUCCCACAAAUGGGAAAUCCGCACAGCGGCUGCAGAAGCAGCCCAACUUGGGGACCCUUCUGCGACGCUUGACCCUGAGCCCGAAGAGCAAAAAGAGAAACUGAAGGUUGUUGUCAACCCACUGAAGAAGCCAAGGCUUGUUUUGAAGUUCAUAUGGCUUGAGAAGAACAUCGGACUUGCUUUGGAUCAGGUAAUUCCUGGCCAUGGAACAAUACCACUUAGCCCUUAUUAUUUCUGGCCUAGAAAGGACGCGUGGGAAGAACUCAAAGCUAAGCUGGAAAGCAAGCCAUGGAUCUCUCAAAAGAGAAUGAUAAUUCUUCUUAAUCAGGCGACAGACAUCAUCAAUCUAUGGCAACAGAGUGGGGGCAAUUUGCAAUAGCUGGUUCGGAGCUCUGUUGUUGGUCAGUUGGUUUUUCUUUUCCCCCUUAACCGGGCGCUCUUUUCCUUGAAAAUGAAUGUUUUGUCUAGAGUAGUGCACCUAUGAGCAUUUGAAGCAUUUUGCUCAUUGAAGUUAGUUCUGUAGAACUUGCUUCUUGCGCAUGCUUUCGGUCCAUCAUUAUCUAUUGUCACCUGGUCAUGUAAUCUAUAUAUAUUUAGAUAAUGGAGAUGUUUUAUUUAUUACUCUCGGGUUAAUGAUAAAAGUAAUUUUUCUCUA